GUUCAAUGACAUUUCGGCGUGCUAUUCCGAAAUUAACAAAAUGGACGCUGACGCAUUAUUUAAUAAAACGCCUUGUAAAUAAAGGAAUAAUAUGUUGUCUGUGAUGCUCAAAGUAGUUUUUAUUAUAUUAAGUUGUUAAAGAAUAUGUGACAAGCCCAGUGAAGUGCGAAUUCAUCAUUUUCAACAAUGGCAAAUAGUGUUGUUAAGGUAACAGAUGCAAUGCUUAAUGACAGUUUAUUGCUGCUUGUGGGUGAGGAUGGAACUGUUACCCCAGAUCGAGAAACUGUUGAAACCUAUCUUAGCUCUAAAACUGGUGCAACAAACAUUCAAAUUAUGCACAUAAACAAAAAUGAUGGAAAAGGCAUUGAUGUAUCUAUAGAUAAUCUUACAUAUUUGCCAGAUGCUGAUACAGAAGAUAUACUGGUUAAAGAGCUGAACAUGGAUGAGGUGUCGAGAAAUUUAUAUAAUUUCAAAUUGGAUCAUGAUUAUACCCCUUUAACAUCUCCCAGGAGAAGUCCAAUCCCUGAAGAAGAUGAACUUGCAAAAACUUUAAGUAUACUUGAUGGUGGAGAAGAAGUUGAACCUAAAAAAGUUACAGUGGAAAGAACAUUAAUUCCAGUAUUAACCCCUAUUAAAAAUACAGCUGUGGUGAGUCAAGUAGUGAAUAAAAUCGAGAAAAAAGUGGAAAGUAAAGAUAAUAAGAAUGAAAAUAUUUCUACUGUGGAACCAGAAGUUAAAACUCCAGUAUCCACAAAAGCUCAAAGAAGGUCCAAAUUUAUAUCAUCUUCUAAACCUAAACCAAAACCCAAAAAUAUUGAAGAAGAGUUGGAGGAAAAUUCAGAAGAUGAGGAUUUUGACAUUGAAUUUGAAGAUGAUGAAAAUGAUUCAGAUUUUGACAUGGAGGAAGAAAUUAAACCUAAACUCAAAAGAGGCAAAAGGACAAAGUCUGAAUCCUCUAAAAUGUUACCCAAAUCCCAUAAAGAAACUCCUAAACAGCAUAAACCUGAACUACCUAAAGAAAAACCUCAGGAAAAACCACUGGAGGUUAAACCUCCAGACACACCAACAGAUAAAAAACCUCCUAAAAAAGAAAAGAAAACUCCAAAACCCAUUCCAGAUGAUUUUGCCUUAUUUUCCACCCCAGAUAUAAUCAGGAGGGUGGGUGGCAAGGAACCCACUACUCCAGAGGCAAGUCCCACUAAACCAGCCAAAAUAACGCAGGAAAGUAGAAGUAAAUCAACUUCAGAUGGAUCUCAUUCUCCCACUAAACACGGGCGUGUUAGUUUUGAUGGAAAACUAAGCACAAGUAAGGACAUUAAAUUAAAAGAUAGAAGACCUAGUAGUGAAGUGAAGAAGAGAACUAGUAUUGACGAAAAACCUAAAAAAAUUGAAGUAAAGCCUACAGAACUAAUGGAAGUUGUUAAUUCUAAUGAUCACUCCCUUCAACAAGUGCCUCUAGUGAUUCCUCCUGAAGAACACCAAAGUCAUAUACCAAUGGAGGAUUUUGGCACAGUGGUGCCACCUGUGGAAGGGGACAACAUUAAUUUGGAUGGUACUGGAUUGGAGCUGGAUCAGAGUCUCCUCGACAAUCUGAACAACGAUUUGAUCCCGGAAGAUAUUUUGUAUCAGGUUGCGCAAUCACUAGUGCGCAACACCGAGCUCCAAAGCGUUAUUGACAAGGGCAUCAACGAGGGUGUUCUUAAUGCCAGUGUGCAGGACACGAUGAAUUUAGAUGACAGUGUCAUGCACAAUACUGAUGAAAGUUUCCAGGAAUCAAGUGAUAUUUCACCAUAUAAAGGGACACAAAUUGUUAGACCGGACGGUCGAAUAGUUACAAUUCCACCUAUUGAGCGACCAGCGACCAGAAGUCGAAAUAAAAGGAGCGAUGAAGAACGGCCAUCUCUAUUCAAGCCUGUGCACAAACCUCUCGACGACGAGCACGUGUCCGGGAACGAGCUGGACAGUUCCGGGGACGAGGAGGAGGAAUCCGAAGACGACCCGAACAAACUGUGGUGCAUAUGCAACCAACCGCACAACAACCGUUUCAUGAUCUGCUGCGACACGUGCGAGGAAUGGUAUCACGGCAAGUGCGUGAACAUCACCAAAGCGAUGGGACAGCAAAUGGAAUCCGAGGGCAAAGAGUGGAUUUGCUUGUUCUGCAAGGAUCCCUCGCUGAGAAGGCCGCAAGCGGCCGCGCGGCGCGUUCGAAAAGCUUCGAGAAACUCGCGCGCCUCGACCGAUAGCGUGGACAGCAGCAAAAAACCUGACGUACCCGGCAGCACAGGCUCGAUGCCCUGCGUCGUUUGCCAGAAACCUGCCAGGAAGAAUUCGAUUUUUUGCAGCGAGGCUUGUAUAUUGGAACAGGCGAAGAACGUGGAAAGGGCUGUUGUGUUUGACAGAGCUACAGGAAAUAUGUUGACAGGCAAUAAGGCACCCAGUGCUGCUAAUCUGGAGCAAUGGCUUAAAGAACAUCCUACAUUUGAAGCUGUUAAAUCAGGUGGAAAAGUUGUUACUGCAAAGAGCGGUAAUAUGACACAAUCCAAACUAAAACUUGUUAAAAACACUGAUACAGAGGGUGUUUCAUUGGCAAUACAAAACAAAGCGGGAGUAGUGGGAGUCCUGAAACACGCGCCCAAACAAAUUGUCAACGUGAAAACACCCACAAAAGUGAGUCAUUUUAAAAUUGUCAGCAAACAAGUGUCAUCCACUUCGCCUGCCAUAAAAACAACAAAGUUAAUCUCACCGAUAUCUAAGCCAACGAACGCCAACGUUCAAAGCGUAACGACCACUCCAACAACGCCCAAAGUUAAAGUCAUUCAAACAACAAUUAAAACAAAUGCCAAAACGCCGCAAGCUGCAAAACAACCUGUUCCAGUUAAAACUCCGAAAGCUAGGCAGCAAGAAGUACAAGCUCCGCAGGCCAAAAAACAGGAGAAUAUAAGAGAGAAUGUGCAGAAAACUUUGUUUGAGCAACUCACCAACAGGUUAAAAGAUGUGGAGGAUAUUAAACUCAGUGAAGAUGAAGUGAAGUCCAUUUCAACAGAGAUCGAGUCUCAACUCUACAGGUGUUUUGGUGAUACCGGUCAGAAAUACAGAAAUAAAUACAGAAGUUUGAUUUUCAACAUCAAAGAUGUUAAGAAUCAAACUUUGUGGAGAAGGAUUUGUGAGAAAUCCAUCAAUCCAUAUGAACUUGUUCGCCUAUCUCCUGACGACUUGGCCAGUCAGGAACUGGCAAUGUGGCGUGAAAGGGAAGCUAAACAUCAACUGGACAUGAUAAAAAAAUCCGAACUGGAAUUAUUAAAUUGCAAUAGACAAUAUGUGUUAAAAACACACAAGGGCGAGCAGGUCUUAGAAGACGAUAGACGUACCGACAAAGUCGAUAACAUUGAAGCUAUAAAAAGUCUAACGGAAGGUUCGACGUUGAGCGCCGGAGAAGCUAAACAAGAGAAAGACAAGGAUACCGACAAAAAGUCUGCGAAGCACAGCCACAAAGAUAAGGAGAGAGAACGGGAGAAGAAAUUGCGAGACCAUCAUAAAAAACGAUCGUCGAGUAGAGAUAGAAGCAGAAAACGUAGCAAAAGUCGCGACAGAAAGGACAAGAAAAAGUCCAGGAGUCGCGAUAGAGACCGCGACAAGCACAGAAAAUCUCACAAGAGUUCAAAACACAAGAUUGAAGGAGGACCCAUAGAGACUUCCAAAUUGGAUCCGAAAUCGAAGGAAAUUCUGGAUAAAUUGGUUGUCAAUAAAAUUGUACCACCGUUGGAGGACAGGUUAUGGAGACACGUGCCACAGGAGGAUAUCGUUCCUGCAGCAGAAAGCGAUAGCGAUCAUGAACCGACCUCCACGGUGACUAUUCCUACGCCGCCAAGAAGCAGCGAACAAGACGAUGAGAAAUCUUCAACGGAAAAACCAGAAAAAGAAAAACCAGCGGUUGAAGAACGCAGCAUGUCACCUCCUCCCAAGAAGCCGCCAGCAGAAAUUUGGCGGGGGUACCAUUAGUAUGAUUGAUGUCGCGCAGAUAUCUAUAACAGCUCACGAAGUGUCAGGUGAUUGUCAAGGUUUAGGCAAAGAACUCAACUCAAAUCUCGAAAUUGUGGGUAGAAUCUCGCCGGACACGGUUUGGGACUACAUAAGCAAAAUGAAGUGCUCCAAUAGCAAAGUUAUAUCCAUGGUGAGACUAAAUGCUACCAAUAUGGAAGAAAAAAUGCCAUAUUUGGCGUUGUACAGCUAUCUCAGUAGCAGAACGCGCCUGGGCGUGGUAAAAAGUACAAACAAAGCUGUUAAAGACUUUUACAUUUUACCGUUGGCGCCGCAAAAACCCAUUCCACAAGCACUACUUCCUUUAAAUGGUCCAGGUUUCGAAGAGUCUCGCCCGGCCCUUCUGCUGGGCAUCAUCGUCAGAGACAAGCGGAAACGUCCGUACAUGGAUCCCACGUCAAACCCGCUGUCGAUAAUCAAACGUAGUCGCGUCGAGACUCCACCGCUUCCAGUGCCGGCGACAUCUUCGACGCCACCGCCCCUUAUGGCAAAAACUUCAGCGGCGGCGGCGGCACCUUCCAGAAGCUACACGCCGCCUCCCGUAAAAGACCCAAGACUGAACAAGUUACCGCUUCCUGUUUUAACGGCAACGCCUAAUGAAGACGAUGAGCCGUACAGCCCAGGAGACUCGGACCCGGACACCGCAGUACCUAUAGACGUAGACGUUUCGCUUCCCGCCAUUCCUGGCCUAUCAGACGUCAAAAGCACGUCACCCUUGCUGUCGACCAAAUACACUUCGACGUUGCCAGGUCUUGGUUCGCCCAGUCCAGCAGCGGAUCCUAGCGACAUCCAGCGGCAAAUGGAAGAACUUAACAAGAAGAUCGAGAUGCAAAAAUCCGAAAUCAAUAGCAUUUCGCAAAAUAUCACUGCCACUGCGUCCGACCUGGGAACCUCUUCGUUGGCAAAUAUAGCGUUGCCCAGUAAUUUGCAGCAAAUUUUGGACAGCAUAAAGAAUAUUGAAGCUGCCACACCAGCCGAUGUUUCCGAAACGACGGUUUCUGAGGCUCCAGUAGUUACAGAAUCACCAUCAGACUUGACAAUUCCGUUGAUGAUUCCAAAAAUUUACACAAAACGUGUCCAAACGCCGCCGAAAACCGUCACGAUAGACUUGACCAGUGACACGAUCCCAUUAGUGUUGCCCACCAAGCCCAAGAUUAAGCCUGUCUCAGUAAACUCCCCAUUAAGAGAUGGCGGUAGUGUCCUAAGCGCGCUUUCAGAAGAAGAAUUGAUAAGAAAGGCCAACGAGAUGUUGGGCGAAACUAGUAAAAAUCCUCCCAGUGCUCCUAAUGUAUCCCCGCCAUCUAAAAAGAUGAAACUAGAAGUUAGUUUGCCACCAGUACCCGGUCUAGACGAUUAGAAUGGAUUAUUUAUAAAUGGUGUAAGUUAAAAAACUGUUCUUAAUUUUGAUAGGAACUUUUUAAAAGUAAAUAUCAGUACAAGUGAAAAUUUCAAUUUAUAAACUAUAGGGCUAUUAUUUUGGACAUACGCCCAAAUAUUAUGUUAAUAAAAAGUUAAUUUGUUUAAAAAAUUAAAGCUUAUGCUAUUUGUAAAUUUUGAUGUAUAGUCAAAUUAUUAUGUACAAAGUUAUUUUGUAAGUUUAUUUAGACACAUUCUAAGAUGUUAGUUAUAUAAUAUAUAGGUUUGUAAAUAAUUAAGUCG